AUGUUUUAUAGACAAAUCAAAACUACCUUCCGUACAAUAAUACCAUCCGAUACUGUUGUGUUGAUCAGCAACUUCAGCUUUAUUAUCCAAUUUCUCUUCUAUAGCCAAAGCUUCCUUACAAUGGUCUGCAUAGAGCUUACAAUAUAGGAGAAGGUAAGUUGUUUCGUUGGGAAGAUUUUCAUUUAGUUAAGGAAAUUACCAUACUUGAUUGCGAAGAAUCAGCAAAUGUAUCGCAAGGCUGGCUAACAAAAAGUAAUUUCAAUCAGUUGGUUACAUCGAAAAGUUCUAUUUGUAUACGUGCUACACUAGAUUCUAAUGAUAAUCGUUCAUGUGGUGUUUUUGAAUGUGUUGAGGAAGGCUGUAUAAAAAAAUUCUUGUCUUAUCAUCAUCUUGUUAAUCACUUGACUGUUGGUAAGCAUAUACGUAAAAUAGAAAAGUUUUCGUUAACUGACACGGAAAUGAAAAUGUAUAAAACAAAAAUUGAAACAAUUGAACAACGUAUGAUGGUGUCGUUGUUGUUAGAAAUGUCAUCAGUUUCGGAAAGAUGCAAAAUUGAACACAAAUUGUCAUCAGCAUCUGAAGGGCAUGGCCUUCCACCACGAAGAAUGAUGACACGGUUUACACCAUUGCAACAUCAAUUCUCAAUCGAAAAAUUUGACGAAGGAAUACGAAAUGGUAUACGUUGGAAAUCUGAAGCUGUAGCAGAAAAAAUGCAAGAAACUAAAUUUGAUGAAAAAUUUUUGUUCAGUGUUGAGGAAUGUUUGACACCUAAACAAAUUCGUUCUUAUUUUUCCAGAACGAAAGCAAAACGUCAGGGACUGAUAGAAAGUGUUCAUGGUGAUGAAAAUGAUGAUACAGAGGCUUUUCUUGAUAAUUGUGCUGGUGAAGAGGCAGAAGAAAGGAUAAAUUUAUCGGAAUGUAAACGCAAAGUGGAUCCAGCAAAUGAACCAUCAAGAUCAUCAACUGCGUCUGCAGUUCAGGUAUCGCCGGUUCGGUUGUUGUUGUCACCUGGUAAACGAGCGUUGUCUCCGCAAACUGCUUCUUUCGAUACUACGAAAUGAUACUCAUUUCGUACACAAAAUUCUUGAUGUCGCAGAACUGAUAGACUAUUUAACGAAGGUUGUUAUAAUUUUAUAUUUUUCCACCAUCCAUUUUUGGCAUCUAACGCGAGGUAGAAUAUUUUGUCCGCGAUUAGAUGUAUCAUCAUCAUUAUAAUUCAUAAUUUUUCUUCAUAUGACAAAUGUAGUACAUGAAUGAAAAUGAGAUAUGGAAGAGAACGUUCAUAAAACUUGCUCGUACCCUUUGAUUCUUGACCUUGAGCAAGGUCGAAAUCGGUCCUGGGUUGCUGCGCAUUGUUCCUUUUUUGUAAUAUUUUUGUGAGAUUCCCGUUUUUCGUUCAAAAGUUUUAACACUAAGGAAAACUUUCAUUAGACCAUCUUUUGCUAGCUAGAUUACGAUUAUAGUUUCGUCGUUUCGUUAGUUUUGGCAUUUUAAAUUACGUGAAUAAUUGGAACUUGAAUGAAUCCCAGUCAGUUUAGUUUCGAGCGUAGAAUAGCAGAGACGGCUGCAUAUUUGGCCUUUGUUUCAAAAUAGCUAUUCUGUUAAUGAAGGCUAAAUAUGGCAGCCGUCUCUGCUAUUCUACGCUCGAAACUAAACUGACUGGGAUUCAUUCAAGUUCCAAUUAUUCACGUAAUUUAAAAUGCCAAAACUAACGAAACGACG